GACUGCUCCAGGCGCCAUGGAGGAGUACGCUCGCGAACCUUGCCCAUGGCGGAUUGUGGAUGAUUGCGGUGGAGCCUUCACUAUGGGUGUCAUUGGUGGUGGAGUCUUCCAGGCUAUCAAGGGCUUUCGCAAUGCCCCUGUUGGAAUACGACACGGCUUCAGAGGUAGUGUCAAUGCUGUGAGGAUUCGAGCACCCCAGAUUGGAGGUAGCUUUGCAGUGUGGGGAGGCCUGUUUUCCACCAUUGACUGUGGCCUUGUACGGCUGCGGGGCAAGGAAGACCCCUGGAACUCCAUCACCAGUGGAGCGUUGACUGGAGCAGUGCUGGCUGCACGCAGUGGUCCUCUGGCUAUGGUGGGCUCUGCGAUGAUGGGGGGCAUCCUGUUGGCCCUCAUCGAGGGUGUUGGUAUCCUUCUCACUCGCAAUACCGCCCAGCAGUUUCGCAAUGCACCCCCAUUCUUGGAGGACCCCAACCAGCUAACCCCUAAAGAAGGAGCUCCGGCCCCAGGUUAUCCCAACUACCAGCAGUACCACUGAGGAAGCCACCGCCUGCCCCUGCCACCAUGGGAGCUACUCCUCAGUUCCUUCCCGGAUGAUCUACCUCCAA